AUGGAUGCCCCGGUCGAGCAACAGGCCGUCUGCGUCGUCGGCGCUGGGCCCGCAGGUCUGGCGGCUGCACACAUCUGCAGACAGCACGGCUUCGCAGUCACCGUCUACGAGGCCGCAGACCGUGUAGGCGGCAUGUGGAGACAUGACCGCGGGGAAUUUGGCGACAAGUGCAGUCCGGAGAUGCGCACCAACCUGAGCAGAUACACUGUUGCCUUUUCUGAUCUGGCUUGGACAUCGAUAGUCGUGAUUGGAGGCGGCAUCAGCGGCUCAGAGGCUGCUUCUCAGGCUGCUUCUCAGAUCUCCAACGCAAAGCACUCGCCUGGUGGAAUGACACCCUCCCACGCCGACAGCAGGGUUUUCCACGUCAUCAAUCGUCCCUUCUACUGCCUGCCCCGCUACCUUCCACAGGACCCUCAGACCCACGACGGGCAUUUCAAGCCAGCACCUAGAUUCCUUCCCCUUGAUCUGAUUCUCUACAAUCUGUCCCGUCGCGGCCAUGGAGACAUCUCUGCAGCUAUCAGCACCGUUCCACCAGAAAAAGCAAAGAAAGGCCACGACUUCUUACGAUCAAGUAUAGGCUGCCAUCACGCCGACGUCGGCUUCUCAGAGCUCGCGUACACGGAGAGCCAGACACAACACCCUGGCUACACCGGUAUAACCGACACGUAUAUGGAGUUUGUCAGAAGUGGCAUUAUUGUGCCAGUCCGGGGAUGGGUUGAACACGUCGAGCAGGCAGCCAACGGUGAUUGCCUAGAGAUUAGUCUUGGCCAAUAUGAGCCCUGGUUCCAUGGGCCAGGCGCAAAAGCUAUGGGCGAGAGCAGACUGAGUGAUGUGGUCGGUAUCAUUGAAGCCACAGGCUACAAAGCCGACCUCGAUUGGCUCGACGCCCGUGUCCAAUCCCUUCUCGCUGACGGCAGCGACAACCCGAAUCCGCGCAUACCAUAUCUCCUGUCACGUGGUUCCGUCUUUUCGCAGCAAAUACCUACAAUUGGGUUCGUGGGUUUCUACGAAGGCCCUUACUGGGGCGUGAUGGAAAUGCAGGCUCGACUUCUGGCACAACGCUGGGCCAAACGAGAGCCUGAGCAGUCGGCGUCUCUCUCAUCCGCCUUGUACACGUAUGAUGAUACGAGGCAUAUGCAAAAUGCCAUGGGUCAGAGGUCCUUGCAAGUGCCGCAGUUCUGGAUGGCCGACUACGUUGGACUAAUGGAAGAGUUCGCACGAGAAACGGGCGUCUCACGUGACGACACCCUAUUCGGUAGCCAAUCGGGUCCCGCAUUCCCAUCGCGCUAUCGACACAGAGAUAGCAGUCUGCAAGCCAAGGCAGUAGUCAGCGAAGUUGCCGGAAUACUCGAGGCAUCCCAGGAGCAUGCUCGGUUUGUUGCAGCGGCCGUGUUCGCAGGCAUGCAAGGUGUCUGGAAGAUGACGCGCAAAAUUGAUUCACGCACCCAGACACCCGGUGGCACAUUCGUGGGUACAGCUCACUUCCAUCCGCGUCAAUCUACCGAUGCAGCGACCUACGCCUCCGAAUACUUGUAUAUCGAACAAGGGACAUUCACCAUGGACGCUGGGCUGUCAUUCCCUGCGACCCGUCGUUACGUCUAUCGGUACAACGAAACAAGCGAUGAGAUCACCGCAUGGUUUGUUGAAGACGACGAAAAAAGCGUCGGAAAGCUAUUCAAUACCUGGCGCUUCCACGCGCCUGAUGACCAGGCUGGCGGCUGGAUGGCUACGGGCUGCCAUUGGUGCGAUCCCGACACGUAUCAGAAUGACUGCGAAUUCAAGUUUUGUGGUGCAAAGAUCGAUCGGUUCAUGAUCAGAUACAAGGUGGACGGACCAAAGAAAGAUUAUCUGCAUGAGAGCUGGUAUCAGAGACCAAAGGUAGAUGGCGGAGCAAACGCAUGCGGAUGA